CACCGCGACGCCACCCACUUCGAGGUGGUCAAGGCCAUCGAGGAGGUCUUGCAUGGACGCGACUUGUUCGACCGUGAUGACCCAAAAACGAAGGGCAGGCCGCACAACUUCCAAAUUCGUCUCAAUCCAAACACUGCCGGCGGCAUCGGGAACGAUGGCACGGGCGUCUUGACCGUGGCACCUCGGGAGGUCGGCUUCAAGUUCCUUCAGUGGCUACGUGAGGACAAGUCGCACAUCGUUCGCGUGCUGGAGAAGAAAAUGUAUUUCGCAAGACUCGAGCAGCCUCCGUACAAGGACAUCGCGCAGACCUUGGAGAGAUCUGUCUACGUUGGCCCCGAGAAGCAGUUGGAGCGCGAGGAGAUUUUGAGAAAGCUCGACCAGGUGCUGCGCGUCGCGAAGGUGCAAUUUGGCAUCUGGUUCAAAGAGGAUGAUUUGCCGGAUACUGCUCGUUCUUUUUCCAUCGAGUAUGAACGCGACCUCGUCAAAAGCAGUGCCGGGCUCCUUGAUCUUGUGUAUGACCGGAAGAUGGUUCGCAUUGAGAUGGGCGAAAGCAUGACCGAGGAACAAUGCAUCGACAUUUUAAUCAAGUUUUCCAACAUUAAAAAGAUCGGAUUAGUCCUCGAUAGCGUGCAGGGUCCAGAGGGGGCCACAAAACGAGCAGCCGUCAUCUUUGAUAUGCUGACCCCUCCUAUAUUGGAGGAGAGGAGCUUCAACAACCGCCCUCGAGAGGGCAUUCAACGUAGGCAACGUAAGGAUAGGGAUCGAAUUCCACACCUUGACGAGUCGCACAAAAGAGUCGCGCCGUACGCUCAUCAGCUGCGGGUUAUACUCUACGACUACAAAGACAUUUUGCGGUUUGAGCAGAUGUGCCGUGACGCACAAUGCCAGCCUCAGCCCGUCAGGAUUGGAAAAAUCAAGGCCUUCUGGCGUGGGUUCUUCGCUGAGCCACAGGUCCACCGGCUUUAUAAGUGGGUCAGCACGAUGCCCUGGGCGGUCGCCUUCCAGGUCGAGGCUCUACUGCGCAACGGACUGGUUAACACCAGAGAGCUACUUGACUUGCAGCGGCCGAUCGAUGCCAUCGUCGCGCAGCACGGCAGCCAGGCGAACGAGAUCCUUCGCCAGUACUCGGUCGCACUGCGCAUGCGCAAGCCUCACGAGAAUCCGCUGCAGUGCUUCGAGCGCGCCUGCACAGAGGACGUGGAGCCGAUGAAGCUCUCGGGUAGCACGUUCGCGUGCCACCAUGUCACGUUCACGCCGACCCGGCUGCUCCUCGAGGGCCCGUACGUGAUGCAGUCCAACAGCGUCAUCCGCAAGUACCCUCCGGAGUUUGCGGAGAACUUCAUCAGAGUUGAUUUCAAGGACGAGGACCGGCUCUCGUACCGUUUCGAGGGGAAGGUGGACGCCACCUGGUUCUUGCAGGUGCGGGUGGGCGACGCGUUGAAGAAAGGGUUCGAGCUCGCCGGCCGGCGGUUCGAGUUUCUCGGCUAUUCGACCUCCGCGCUGCGCGAGCACGCGGUCUGGUUUGUCGCUCCGUUCGAGUAUCCCAAGGGUCAGCUCGUCACCGCGGAGACGAUCCGGCAGUCGCUGGGCGACUUCAGCGGCGUGAUCAGGCAGCCAUCGAAGUACGCCGCGCGCCUCGCGCAGGCGUUCACGGCCACCGAGACUUCGGUGGAGAUCAUCCUGCCGGACCAGCUGGACGAUGACAUGCCCGACUUGGGAAAGGAGCCGUACAUACACACGGAUGGUGUAGGUACAAUCUCACCGGAGCUGGGUGAUAUGAUAUGGCAGGCGCUUUGUCGCGAGCGCAAGCACAUGAGUAGCAGAAGCGUAAAGCCGUCGGCGUAUCAAAUACGGUUCAUGGGGUACAAAGGUGUCGUUGUCGUCGAUGAUCGCCUGAAGGGCAUCAAGAUGCGCCUCAGGAAAUCGAUGAAGAAGUUCGUCGUUCCCGGUCAAAGUAGAGCAAAGAUUGAGAUAGCCAGGGAUUUCAACAGUCCGAACUUUUGUUACUUCAACCGGCCCAUCGUCAUGACUCUUGAGGAUCGGGAGGUUCGUUUGCAAGCGUUCCUCGAUCUCCAGGAGAAAGCAAAAGCGUCUGUGUACAUGGCCAGCGAUUCGUUGGCAAAUUUCCGUCAGCUGUUGCGAGAUACCGGCUUGGGAGCGAAAUUUCGGCUGCCCUUUAUCCUGGAGCAACUGGAAAAACUCGAUCUCGAUUUCAAAGCGACGAAAAAGACCAAGGCCAUUGACAAUCCUUUCCUCGAUCGGUUGGUCAGGUAUACCACGACCCAUGCUUUGCGAGACAUGAAGUAUCGUGCUCGCAUCCGCAUUCCAAACAGCUACCUGCUUGUUGGUGUGGCCGAUGAAGGGCAGGCGUAUAUUCAAGAAGGUCUCGAUCCAGAAUCUGUGCUCACUUUGGAACAAGGCCAAAUAUUUGCUUGUGUUCAGGAGUCCCCUGACCUAGAGCCAAAAUGGCUGAAGGGAUGGUGUGUCCUUUCUAGAAGCCCAGUCGUACACCCAGGUGACGUUCAGAGAGUUUGGGCCGUUGGGCAACCGCCGGAAGGAAAAGUUUGCUUUUAUCGAAAUCUUAAGAAUGUGGUAGUGUUUCCGGCUGUGGGCGAACGAUCCCUAGCAUCAUGCCUCGGUGGAGGCGAUCUGGACGGGGAUCUCUACGACGUCUAUGCAGAGAAUCCGAGAUUGCUCCCCACUCUCGAAACCGACUCUGCCACCUAUCUCAGCGCGGGCACUCGCACAAUCGAUCGGGACAGCACAGUCGACGAUAUUUGUGAUUUCGUGGUCGAGUACAUCAAUUCUGACGUGCUGGCCUUCUUGGCGACUAGACAUCUAAUUAUUGCAGGUCAGUCUAUGGAAGGCACGUAUGACAAGCGUUGCAUGGACCUUGCCCAGCUCUGCUCGCAGGCGGUCGACUACAUGAAGAACGGAAUCGCCGUCGACGUCGACAAGACAGGUAUACCUCGUCCCACCAUGAAGUUUAAGCCCGACUGGACGAAAGCAGAAAUUACCGGCGCGCGCGAAGCCGACUACUACGAGUCGCAGCGCGCGCUCGGGCACUUGUACCGUAACAUCGAACUUCAGGACCCAAAGGCUCUCGAUAGCAACAACCCCGCGAAGACUAGUAAGCGAUAUCCUCCGCUGUCGGAUCCUAUCUCGCGUGCGCUGCGGCCGCUGGUUCAGCGUGUCCUUGCGCGCGACUACAGCGCGCCGGACGGGACGUCUCAGCGGGUCGCGACCACGUUCGCGCGAUAUGCACGGGAGCUGCAGUAUAUCAUCGUGACACACACACUGAGCGAUGCGCCGGAUGUGCGGCUGAUGGAGGAAGAGAUCGUCGUCGGCACCAUUCUCGCGAACUGCACGGAGAACAGGUGGCGUAAGGAUAGGAUGUAUCGGAUGCGGCUGCACGCGGAGACACUCGUCAGGGAUAUACGGCGCCGUGUGCAGCCCGAUGGCAUGAAGGUCGGCAUGGGCGAGGGCGAGGCCACAGAGCAAACAAGCAACGAGGAUUGGAUCGCGGCGCUAGGGAACGCGUGGGAGGCAUGGGACUGGAGUCUGAGAAACGAGAGGAUGGAAGGGGCGAGGAGCUUCGGGUUGAUCAUGUUGGGCCUUGUGUUGGACUGCCUACAAAAGCUGGACGCCUUGCCCUUGACGAAAUCUCCCGAGUCCCCAUAA